CGUCUCUGCCCGUCUCUGCCCGUCUCUCCGACGAUGGCAGACGCGGAGACGAUGGCAGACGCGGAGACGCCGCGGCCCCGCAAGCGCGCGGUGGAGUGGCUGCUUGAGGGCGAGUCGGUCAGGACGAAUCGGCACCUCGCCCGAUUCGCCGCCGCUCCAUAUCUGCCUCGCCUGCUCGCCGAUCCCGCUCUGUCGGCGCUGCUUUCGCGCUCAAGCCGAUCUCUUCGGAAGGAGAUAAUCGAGGCUUAUGGGAUGUUGGAGCAGGUCGAGGCGACGUUGCGUGGCGCGGCUCCCGCCGCCAUCGUCGACCUCUGCUGCGGAAGCGGCUUCCUCUCGCUCGCGCUCGCCAACGAGUUCCCGGCCGCCGCCGUGCUCAUGUUUGACCUCGACACGCGGAUCAGGGUGCGGCACGACGCGUCCCACCCCAACCUCCGCUUCGAAGUGGCCGACAUCAUGGCCGAUGGCUUUGGCGCGCGGCUCGGCGCUCUGCUGCGCGAGGCGGGCGGCCAGCGCGGCGGCGGCCCGUGCGUGGCAGUGGGGAUGCACCUCUGCGGUGCGCUAUCUCCGCGCGCCAUCAGUUUGUUUGCCGCCGAGCCGGCGCUGGACUCGCUCCUGCUCGCGCCCUGCUGCCUCGACAAGCGCUUCGACGCCGCGCUCAAGGCGACGGCGAGGCAGCUCGGCCGAGAUGCUUUCGAAUGCAAAGUCGAUCAGCUUCGAGAGGCGCUCGAGGCGCUGCCUCGGGUCGAGGUGCGCGUCGCCCGCGACGCGUCCUUCCGCACGAACCGCUCUGCGGCGGAGGGAGGGGACGGCUGCAAGAACGCGAUGAUUGUUGGGCAACGGCGCGCCGCGAGCGGCCCCGACGCUCCACUUUGCUGCCUUGUGUGCGAGUCCGAGUGAGUUGUGUGUACGUGUCUACUAGCAGCGCCUUCUAUGCUUAAGCAGCGUUUCCGGCAGAAUA